AUGGCGGUGGCUUCACCGGCGCUGGAAAGGGUGCGGGCGGGGGAAGCGACGAGUGCUGCGGGGGCAUCGACGCCCACGGUGUCUUCGCCAGCGAUGGUGACGUCGCCCUUCACCCCCAUCGACGCGGCCAAGGGUCCCACAGGCGUGGUCAUCGAGGUGGGCGCCGUGUUCAUUAGGGAGAGGCUGGGCUCGCAGCUGGAGGCCCCACAGAACGGGAUGGGCGACGGAGCGGAAGAGGAGCCGUGGCGCUCUGACCUACGCUCCGUACUCUACGACAUAUUCUUUAAUCUACUGCAGGCCAACCCGCCGGAGCGACCCGUGGUGGUGUGCGAGAGCUUGCUCACCCCACAAUUCUUCCGCUCCGCAGUCGCCGAUCUUCUCCUGCGCUACCUCCAGGUGCCUUCGGUGCUCUUCGUGCCGAGCAAGGGGGUCGCGCUCAUCCCCCUGCAAAUGCAAACAGCGCUCGUGGUCGACACCGGCUACCACGACACGCGCAUCCUCCCUAUCUUUAUGGGCGCUCACAUCGUGCACGCCCUGACCACUACCGUGCUCGCGGGCAAGACGUACAACGACCGGUUACGAUCGAUCCUCAACGAGCGUGCUGUGGUGGUGAAUCCGUUCAGCAAGAGCAGCCAGGCGUGCGAGCGGCUCCCCGAGUCGGUGGUGGAGGACAUCAAGGUGCGGCUCUGCAGCAUCCAACCACAAUCGCCCGAACUGGCCGGGUUCACGAGCGAUAAGCUGAUGCAAAAGAUGCGGUACGACAUGACGGCGGAGGACUACAUCGACAUCGACGUGCACACGUGCGUCUACGCCGGCGAGGUCCUGUUCGAGAACGACGGCGACGAGGGCGAGGCGUCCAUCGCCGCCGCGCCCCAUCGACGCCCGAUGCCCCCUCGCCCAAAACAUACUGGUGAUUGGCGGCACGGGCCGAAUUCCCGGCUUCCGCCGGCGUCUGUUGAACGAAUCCAGCGAUUGGUGGACACCGAGCCCCAGUACGCCGCGUUCAAGGCCCUGGCCGACCAGUUCUGCGUCGUCGACCCGGCCUUCCCGCCGCACUACCUCUCCUGGCUCGGCGGUUCGUUCAUGGGCUGCGUCGAGCACGAUCAGGCCAUCACCCAGGCCCAGUACACCGAAGGCAAAUACAAGUUCCCCGACUGGCUCCGUGUCGCCGACGUGAAACGGACGAUGAAGGAGCGACGAAACCCGUUCAUGGUGGCCCCGUCGCCCGGGCCAUCGUCGACGCCGGCCACGACCCCGCGCCGACGCCUCAUCUCGAUGGCCCUCUCCGGUGGCGUGCGAACGCGACUCCGCGACUCCUUCUCCUCCCUCUCCGUCUCCUCCUCGCCCUACGCCCCACCUUCAUCGUCAUCGGCAUCGGCAUCAUCGAACUCCGCCACUUCAUCGCCCCCUCAAUCAUCUUUCGCCGCGCCCGCCUCGCCCUACCACCCUUCCACGCGCCGGGCCACACCCACCACCGAACCCGCCUCGCCAACACCCGACCAAUCCGACGACUAA